ACCGCUAUUGUAUCGUAAGAAUCGCGAUAUUUAUCAUGCAACAUAUAAAAUCCUCUCAAUAAACAACAGGCGCCAUUUGAAUUUAAGUUUUACAUUUGAAAAUAAUGGAAUGUGUUAUGUUUUUCGUGUUUUUAGUAGUCGUAUUGUGUUCAAAUGUUUCCUAUGCCCAACUCGAAGAUGUAAGUAGUAUUGGUUUGGAAUGCUACUUUGCUAUGUUUAACAAAGGAACCGAACCAUGCAGUGAUUUUGAAAAUGAGAGGUUAAUCUGUAGUUUAGAUAUCGAAAUUGUUCCUAAAAGCGAUGACGAGGAUGGCGGUAUUAUGCUCACUGGUGAGAUGGACAUAAAGGAAGACCUCGGCGAGGAAUAUGAGAUAGAGUUGAACGUGUGGAAGGAGGUAGGGAGCACAAAAGAGUACAUGUAUAGUAUAGAAGGUAAUCUUUGUGACAGUCUAAAAAUGAACAAUACUCCUUGGAAACCCUUUGUGGAGGCUCUUCAAACGACUGAUUGUCCUGUUCUAAAGGGAGUUUACAAGGUGGAUAAAUUGAGGAUGUCUCUUGACUUUGCCAAACCUUUUAUGAAAUCGGAAUUUUGCGGCAAUUACGUGGUAGACAUGUCUAUGAGGCAGAUAAGUGACAAGAUGUCGUGUUAUGAGAUCGGCCUUGAAAUCGAAGAGGGAUCUUGCUAGUAAUAUAAUCGGAGUUGUGUUACAAAUAAAAACUAUGUUGCGA